AUGUCUAUCACCAGUCUGACCCGCAGCGCCGUUUACGGCCAAAACGGUAUGAUCUGCUCCAAUUCGCCCCUUGCUGCCGCUGCCGGCCUCCGGGUUUUGCAGGAUGGAGGCACGGCCUUCGACGCGGCCCUCGCGGUUGCGGCCGUGGAAUCCGUAACGCUGGUUCCCGUUUGCGGCCUCGGCGGCGACUCGUUUAUCCUGGCCUAUGAAGCCAGUACCGGCCGGGUCACCAACAUCAACAGCAGCGGAGUCGCGGCCUCCGGCGCUGAAGCUGAGUUCUACCGUAGCCAGGGCCUCGCCCUCAUGCCCAUACAGGGACCUCACUCCGUUUCGGUGCCCGGCGAGGCCGCCGCAUGGGAAUCGCUGCAUCGCGGCUUCUGCACCAUGCCCUUUGCGGAUUUGCUGGCUCCUGCCAUCGGUUACGCCGAGCAAGGGUUCCCGGUGUCUCCCCGUAUCGCGCGUUCUUUCGCUGGCAACGCAGAACUCCUGGCGCGCUUCUCCGCCACCGCCGACAUCUACCUCACCAACGGUGGCCGUCCGCCGCGUGUCGGCGAGGUGCUGGUUAACCGCGACCUGGGCAACACUAUCCGCGCCGUGGCCGAGGGUGGAGCCGAUGCUUUCUACCGCAGCGACAUCGCUACCAAAAUGGUGGAUGGGCUCAACAACGCCGGCGGGUUGUUUACCGAGGCUGACUUCGCCGGACAUCACGCCGACGUGGGCGAUGCAAUCAGUUCCUCUUACCGUGGGCACACCGUGUACCAGACCCGGCCGCCCUCCCAGGGCUUUCUCCUCCUGGAGAUGCUGAACAUCGUCAGCGGCCACGAUCUGUCAUCGAUGACGCCCAACUCGGCCGACUCCAUCCACCUGCUUGUCGAGGCGAAAAAGAUCGCCUAUUCGGACCGAAACCGCCUCGCCGGCGACCCCAACUUCAUCGACUGGCCCGUGGACGGCCUGCUGUCCUCGGAAUAUGCCGACCUGCGCCGCGAUCAGAUCCAUCCCUUCCAGGCCGGCGGCGAAGUGCGGCCGCUCACCCCCGUUGACGGUCGGGGCGACACCACGUACUUCUGCGUCGCCGACGGGGCCGGGAACGCGGUCAGCUGGAUACACAGUCUGUCCAACGGUUUCGGGUCCGGCGUCGUCGCCCCGGGCACCGGUGUCCUGUUCAACAACCGCGCCGGGCGUGGUUUCAGUCUCGAACCCGACCACCCCAAUGUCGUUGAGCCAGGCAAGCGCACCAUGCAUACGCUGAAUUGCUACCUGACCACCGUGGGCGGAGAGGUGGCAAUCGUCGGCGGCACCCCCGGCGGGGACUUACAACCCCAGUGCGGUAUCCAGAUACUUACCAAGCUGGUUGACGGCGGGCUGCAACCCCAGGACGCUGUGGAAUCGCCGCGCUGGUUCAGCUUCCCCGGCACCGACCCCGCAACCAUCAAUCGGGCCGGCGAACUUCGCGUCGAGAUGGGUAUGCCCGACGACACAAUCCGCGACCUCCGGCGGAUGGGCCACAACGUUGUACAAAACCCGCUUGGUUCCUAUAGCGGCGUGGUGCAACUCAUUGUCCGCGACCGCCGCCACGGUGUUCUGGCCGGUGCGUCGGAUCCCAGAGGAGACGGACAGGCGGUAGGCUACUGA